GCAUAUUGUUUCUCUCACCAGCCCAUCUAAAAUUUCAAACUCUCUUUUCCAAGGAUUUUCUCUCUGCAUUCUACGGUCCUCACUGUUGCCGGUGCCACCAGCCAUCGUGCCAAGCCACCGUUGUUGUGCUUGAUUGAAAGAAUAAGGUUUUCACUAGAUCCUUAUCUUGUUGUCCUAUUGAAUUCAUCAUCAUCAAUGUCAAACUCCAACCUCUACUACCUCUUCUUCCUCCUCCUCCUCCUCCUCCCUCUGCCUCUCCUCCUCAUCCUCUACCUCCUAGUCCGCCCCCGCCCGGUCAAAAUCCCAAUCAAGAACCGCCACGUGUUCAUCACCGGCGGAUCCAGCGGCAUCGGCCUCGCCCUGGCCCACCAGGCCGCGUCGGAGGGCGCGCGCGUCUCCAUCCUCGCCCGAUCCCUCGACAAGCUCGAGCAGGCGAAGCAGGCGAUCCAACUCUCCACCGGCAUCGACGUGGCGGUCUUCGCCGCCGACGUCAGAGACUACGACGCCAUUUCCAAGGCCAUCAGCGAGGCCGACCCUAUCGACGUGUUGAUAGUCAACCAAGGCGUGUUCGUUCCGCAAGAGCUGGAGAAGCAAGAAUUGGAUGAGGUCAAGUUCAUGAUAGACGUCAAUCUCAUGGGCAGCUUUCACAUGAUCAAAGCCGCUUUACCGUCCAUCAAAAACAACCGUACUGACCGUGGGCCCGCCUCCAUCGCUCUUAUGUCAUCUCAAGCCGGUCAGGUGGGUAUAUACGGUUACACGGCUUAUUCGGCGAGUAAGUUUGGGCUGAGAGGUUUGGCAGAGGCUUUACAACAAGAGGUUAUUGCUGAUGACAUUCAUGUCUCUCUUAUAUUUCCUCCGGACACUGACACUCCUGGCUUAGUUGAAGAAACCAAGUUAAGGCCACAGCUCACCAGUAUCAUUGCAGCCUCCUCUGGUGCAAUGAAAGCUGAUGAAGUUGCCAGGAAAGCAUUAAGUGGCAUAAAAUCUGGUAGCUUUUUUAUCCCUUGCAACUUUGAGGGUCUGUUGCUGUCUGUAGCUACUGCUGGUUUAGCCCCUCAGAGAUCAUACCUGAUGGCAUUUGUUGAGAUUGUUGCUGCUGGUAUAUCACGUUUUGCAGCUCUGUGCUUCCAGUGGAGCUGGUAUGGAAGUAUAGAAAAGUGGCACACACAAAAUAAAAGGACUUAAAAGUUCGUGGUGCUUGCUGUGGUUAUGAAUUUCUUCAGAUCACAGCUGACAGUUAUGCUGAUCACUACAAGUCCUUUGAGUUUCCCUGGAGUUGCUGGAAGUUGAUUUCUCUCAUCGUUAAAGUAUCAUUGCCUUGGAAACUGAAGUUUUGGAAUUCUCUUUCACUGUUGUUGGGAAUUGCAGCAAUGGCAUGUUGCAUGAACAGAUGGAUUAUCAUGUUCUUUUUGUUCCCAUUCAUAUUGACAUGUCAAGAAAGAAACAAUGGGGAACAGAAAUCACUUUGUGGCAGAUUAGAGCCUUUUGGAAUUGCAAUUUUGUUUUGAUCGAACUUACUUCACUCCGGGUUUUUUUUUUUUUUUAAUUAUUAUUAAAUUUAAGCAGGUGUUAAAUUGUCUACUGCUUAUAGACUACAAAUACUCUGCUUUCCCCCAUCUUCUUGCUUAUGACCCAAAGUUAUGGAGCUGUAUUACAGUUAUAUGUAGUUAGAUGCUUCAAAUAUGUCAUCAGCACCCAUAACUUGAGCAUUUGCA